UCAGCUGCAGAAUGGAGGGAACAUCUGUCCAGAGGCUGCUGGUUCUGGGCUCUCUGCUGUGCUGCACAACAAACCAAGCUCGUCUGACUGUGAGUCCCAGCAGCUCUCAGUUCUUUAAAGGAGACUUUGUGUCUCUGAGCUGUGAGGAGGACGACAGCUCUGCUGGAUGGACUCUGAAGAGGAACACCACCAAACGACAGAGGACUCAGUGUGGAGCUGGGUGGGGAGAAGCAGCUGGUUCUUCCUGUGACAUCAGUGGUAUAUUCCCAUCAGACAGUGGAUUUUACUGGUGUGAGUCCAGAGAGGGAGCAACCAGUAACAGCAUCAACCUCACUGUCUCUGGUGGACCAGUGAUCCUGCAGAGUCCUGUCCUCCCUGUGAUGGAGGGAGAUGACGUCACUCUGCUCUGUAAAACAAAGACCACUCCCUCCAUCCUCUCAGCUACUUUCUAUAAAGAUGGCUCCUUGAUCAGGAAUGAGUCUACAGGUCACAUGACCAUCCACCAUGUUACCAGGUCUGAUGAAGGCCUCUACAAGUGUAACAUCAGCAGUCAUGGAGAGUCUCCAUCCAGCUGGAUCACUGUCACAGAGAAACCUACAACCACAGCUCCACCCACAACUACUGAGGCCACGCCCCCUCCAUCAUCCUCCCUUCACCUUGUCCUCAGACUGGUCUGCCACCUGGUGGUGUUCUGUCCAUACUUCAUCUCCACUCUCCUCAUGGUGACUUUGUGUCGACACAGACCAACAGGUAACAUUCAAUCAAUCAAUCAAUGACAGUUUUCUGAAUUAAUUCACUGUCUACAUUUUGUUUUUCACCUGUUCUUUCUGCAGGAAAAGACCUUCCUGUCUCCACGAUGAUGAUCUCACCCCACGCUGAGCCGGAAUUGAUUGAUGACUACGAUGACGUUGAUGAUGUCACCACAGACCAUCACUUCUGAAGUGAUCAGGUCUCUGGUCUUAUCUUGAAGUCAGAAACCAGCAUCAUCUCUUCCUGAUUGUGUCAGAGUGGAGAGGAUUCAGGUGGAAGCGAAGGAAUGUGGAGGCAGAUGUCCUAAACUGGUCACCGUACAGAAACUAACAU